AUGGAGGGACUAGGCGUCGUAUACGAACAAGAAGAACCCACGGGAUCAAGUGAUCAUGAACCAAGUACAAGUGACCAUCAUUCAAGUACAAUAAUGACUGCAUCAAGUCAUGAGGUUGAAGACGAUGAAGAUAUUCGUGCACUUGCUGGAAAUCCCGAUGAUUUGGAUCUUCCUCAUCAAAUGCAACAACCUCCAGCUCAACAGCUUCAACUUCAGCAGCAACAACAACAACAAUUACAUGAUGAAGGACGUUAUACUGACUAUAAUCAGACCACUGGACAACAUUUACACCAACAAAUGGAACAUCAUGGAGGAUUUGACAAGAAUGGCACGAGUACACAACCAGGAAAGCUUUUUAUUGGUGGUGUAUCAUGGGAAACUACGGAAGAUACAUUACGUCAACAUUUUGGUAAAUAUGGACCACUUACGGAUGCUGCAUUGAUGAAGGACAAGUAUACAGGUCAACCACGAGGGUUUGGCUUUGUAACAUUUGCUGAUGCAUCAGCUAUUGAUCGUGUACUGGAAGAGACGCAUACGCUGGAUGGUCGAUCAGUUGAAGUUAAGCGAGCCAUUCCACGAGAGAGGACGGCCCCAGGCUCUAGCGAAAUUCGUGGCGGCGGACGCGGAGGAUUCAGCAGCGGCGGCUUUACGGAGCAAAAGAAAAUCUUCGUAGGCGGCCUCGCUCCCACUGUGACCGAGCAGGACUUUCGUCACUACUUUGAAGAGUUUGGCAAGACCACGGACGCUGUGGUAAUGAUCGAUCGCGACACGCAGCGCUCACGCGGAUUCGGCUUUAUCACUUUUGAGGAAGAGUCGUCGGUAGCUGAAGUGAUAAGCAAGAGUCACGAAAUUCACGGCAAAAUCGUCGAGAUUAAGCGAGCGGAGCCCAAGGAAUCGCGUGGAGGCGGUGGCGGUGGUGGUGGCGGCGGCUACGGUGGAGGUCGUGGGGGUCGUGGUGGUGGCUGGAGAGGUGGAGGUCGUGGAGGCGGCGGUGGCAGCGUUGGUGGAGGCGGCUAUGGUGGUGGUACCUACGGUGGUGGAUAUGGUAGCAGUUAUGGUGGCAGCUACGGCGGCGGCGGCGGUUAUGGUGGCGGCUAUGGCGGCGGCUAUGGCACUGGCUAUGGCGCUGCUGUUGCCUACGGAGCCGGCGCUUAUGCAGGGUACCCACAGUCGUAUGCUGGUUACGGCUAUGGUAGCUAUGGAGGUGGCCGUGGCGGCUACGGUUAUGGUAGCUAUCCAGGUUAUGGUGGCUAUGAUGAAAGUGGUGCUGCUGCAACUGGUGCUGAAAAUGGCGAGGGUGGUGAAGGAGGUGCCGGUGCACAAGAAGCAGGAUACGGCGGAGACGGAGCUGCUCAGGGAGGCCAAGGAGGAGCUGCUGCUAGCUACGGAUAUGGCGGCGGAUACCGUCAGGGUGGAGGCUCAGGUGGUGCUCAAGGAGGUUCUGGUGGACGUUCGGAUCGAUACCGUCCGUACUAA